GACCUGGUGAGAGGCUGCAGCCGCCGAAACCCCUCGCGCGCAGUACGGGGAGCGGGCGCUGCCGGGUCGGGCUGGUGACUGUGGGCAACCCUCGAGGACUUGGUUUUGAGGAAUGAAAGACUCUUACAAAAGCCGCCCGAGAAAGAAGAAGGAAAGAAGAGAGGGAGAGAAACAUCCAUGUGUGGUUGCCUCUCCAACACCCCCUACUGUGGUCCUGGCCUGAAACCCAGGCAUGUGCCCUGAGUGGGAAGCAAACCUGCGACCCUUUCUUUUACAGUUGCACCCUCAAUCCACUGAGCUACAACAGCCGGAGCACAGUACACCAUUUUCGUGGAUGAACCUUGGAUGUCAGUUUGGAGGCCUUAUUAAUCCCCUUCUUUCCUCCUAACACCUUGAACCCAUUGUGAAGGAGCAUCUGUUGGGCACCUAUCAGCCCCACCAGGAAGGGAUGAAGAUGGCCUCCAAGCGCAUCACCCAGGAGACCUUUGAUGCAGCUGUUCGUGAGAACAUUGAGGAAUUUGAGAUGGGGCCAGAGGAGGCAGUGAAAGAGGCUGUGGAACAGUUUGAAUCACAAGGGGUUGAACUGAGCAACAUUAUAAAGAUGGCACCCAAAGUCUCUGAAGAUGGACCUCAGGAGCUCACACAUGACAUCCUGCAGGCUCUGGAAGACCUGCAGGAGUCCGUGGCUUGCUGUCGCCCCCAGGAGGUGUCAGUGCAACUUGCCCGCUUUUGUGAGCAGUGCAAACAGCACAGAGCCUGCCGCUUUCUGGCAGCUCAGAAGGGUGCCUACCCCAUCGUCCUUGCCGCCUGGAAGCUGGCUGCAGCAGGUGACCAGAGACUUGUGCUCCAGGUCCUUAACGCCCUGUCAGCCCUGAUCGAUGGCCAACCCGAUCUCCUAGACACCCAGGGCCUAAAGCUGCUGGUGGCUACUUUGGCCCAGAAUGCUGACGCAACUGAUCUGAUUUGCACUGGGAUCCGCUGCAUUCGCCAUGCCUGCUUGAAACACGAACAGAAUCGGCAGAAUCUGGUGAAGGCUGGUGUGCUGCCCCUGUUGACUGGUGCCAUCACUCGGCACAGCCACUGUGCUGAUGUGGUCAGGGAGGCCUGUUGGGGCCUCCGCAUCAUGACUUUUGAUGAUGACAUUCGCGUGCCCUUCGGCCAUGCCCACGACCAUGCCAAGAUGAUCGUGCAGGAGAACAAAGGCUUGAAGGUGCUCAUUGAGGCUGCCAAAGCAUUCCCUGACAACCCCAGCAUCCUGAGUGAGCUCUGCAGCACUUUGUCCCGUCUGGCUGUUCGCAAUGAGUUCUGCCAGGAGGUCGUAGACCUUGGGGGCCUUGGUGUCCUGAUGGCCCUGUUGGCUGACUGCAUCGACCACCAGGACCUUGUGAAGCAGGUGCUGAGUGCCCUACGAGCCAUUGCGGGCAACGAUGAUGUGAAGGAUGCCAUUGUCCGUGCAGGAGGGACAGAGUGCAUUGUGGCUGCCAUGACCCGGCAUCUGACCAGCCCCCAGGUGUGUGAACAGAGCUGUGCAGCCAUGUGUGUCCUGGCCCUGCGCAAACCAGAGAACAGCCAGGUCAUCGUGAAGGGUGGAGGGGCUUUGGCUGCACUGGAGGCAAUGAAGGCACAUCCAAAGGAGGCUGGCGUGCAGAAACAGGCCUGCAUGCUGAUCCGAAACCUAGUGGCCCGAAGCCAGGCCUUCUCACAGCUCAUCCUGGACCUGGGGGCCGAAGCACUCAUUGUUCAGGCCCGAGUUGCCCACCGAGACUGCGAGGAUGUGGCCAAGGCUGCCCUGCGGGACCUGGGCUGCCAUGUAGAGCUCCGAGAGCUGUGGACUGGCCAGAAGGGCAACCUAGCACCAUGACCCAGCCACAGUCUGGGCCUGAGACUCUGGGUGAGUCAUGUGACUCAGGAAAAGGGGAGAUCCAUGUCCUGCCAAUCUGUCCUGCAGAUUCCUCCCCCAACUCAGCGAGAGGUGUUUUCUGACUGGCACCAGGUACAAGCUGAGGGAGCAAUGGUAAGGUGUCUACACUGGGUCCUGUGCUCCCCUCACCAGCCAACAGCAUUGGUAUCACCCAUCCUACCCAUCCCUCCAGCUCUUUCCUACCAGAAGGGCCUUGCACUGCCUGGGGCAAAGUGCUAUCUAAAAUUUGGCUGCCAUACUGGCCAGUCUCAGAGUGGGGCAGGGAUCCUGCUCUGGCCUCUUCAAGUCCAUUUCUUUCCCUGUUCCUGUUUUUCUCACCUGUAUCUUUUUGACCUGGGUCAAAGAUACCUUGCUCUCCUGGCCAGAGGGCAGGGACUGAGGCUGGUCCAUCUCUGGGGCCCCAGGCCAGCCAACAGUGCCUGGUAAUAAAAGACCGUUAGUUGAAGGAUAGAGGGCUCUCUUCCAUGGCGCUGUGGGGAUGCUUCAGCCAGUGGUCUCAGAGAAUAGGAAGGGUGGAUGUUUGGGUAAACCAUGGAGUCUGAGGAAAGUGGAGAGGUUUUGAGAACAGCCUGGGAUAUAGGAACUGAUAUUACUGACAGACAGGUGGCUGGGACCAUGGUUGGCAUGAGUCUGGGGUCUGCAAGCACCAGAGUUGUUACUUGUCCUGAGCAUACAUUGUCUUGGGGAGCUGGGGGGGCUCAGUAUCCAGCCCCGACUCAGCUAUGUGGCCUUCAGUAAGUGACUUAGCCUCUCUGAGCUUCCAUUUGAUCUGUAAAAUGGAGUGGAGGGACAGAUAGCCCCACUCAGUGUUGGAGCAGAGCUAGGACAUGGAAGGUGCCUGGUUGUCUUAGUUUCACGUUGGUCACCCCAGGAGGACCCUCUUGCACUCUCUCUCCUGACCACAUUGAGGUCCUUGCUUGCUGGGUGGCUCGGGCAGCCUGCCUUUUCUCUCUGAACCUCAGUUUCCCAUCUGUAGGAUAAACAUCACUGUUACUAUUCCUGAUGCCCACAUUACUUCCCAAGUGUUCUUAGGGUCCCCAGACAGCUAUGCCUGGCAGAAUUAGCUCUCCUUCUCUGCAGUCACACUCAGGGGUAGCUUGUGGUCACCUGGCAGCUCAUGCAUUUCACAUGGCCCAGUCAGGGUCAGAGCAGCCUCAAGACCCUUGGGCUCCAGGUAUCGCAUCUGACCCCUUUCCUCUCUCGGAAUCCCCGCUUCUGUGCUGGUCAUUCACUUCUUCUAGCCUGAGAAAGGCCCCAUUUCCACUCUUCAUGUCAGCUCAAGCCUCUUUCCCAGAAAGUUCCUGGUUUUCAUGGAUAUUGGCUGAUACAAAUAUCUGUUGAAGCAUCACCCUGGUCCCACCUCCCUGUUGUGUCCAUGUCUCCCCUGUUUCUAGCUGGGCGUGUGCUGCCAGCUCAGUGGGACUGACAUGGACCUCUGCCCCACUCACUGUGCCCUGACUCCCCUCACCAGGGACUUGGCCAGCGUUUCAGAGAAGGACCCCUUGCUUACGCUAGGCUGUCCUGACUUUGACUUCUGGGUUGGCAACAUGUGUAACCUUGGAACAGUUCUAUGACCAUGGGGUAGCCCUCAGGUCCUGUGAUCUUUGUCUUUUUUCAUCUGUCACAUGGGGGCAUGGAUGCUGCCAGGCAGUUUCUGAGGAAGCUUGAAGUGCUAUCCUGUGAUUCCUGCCCCAGCUCUGUUCUCAAUUCACCCGUGGCUGCCCGUUACUCUUCUCAUAAAACCAAACUAGACUGCAGGCCCUGCCCAUUCCCCACCAUCAUCUUCCCCGUGUUCUCCUUUAAUCAUAAUUCCAGUCACACCAGCCUCCCCGCCUCAGGGCCUUUGCAUGUGCUAUGCCCUCUGUUUGGAGCACCCUUCCCUCUGCCCUUUCUGUUCCUCAGUACUACAAUCCCAUCACCCCUUGUGCUAUGCCUCUGAUCUCUGACACCAUCUGAGGUCCCUUUGUAUGCUUUCCUGUUUGUCUGCCCCCCGCCCAUGUGGGUAGGUUCCUCUCUCCCCAUUCUGCUCCAGCUUCCUGUAAACGUUUCUGAGUGUAUACCUGAAUAAAUUAAUAAGUACACAA